ACGGUUGUGACGUUGAAUAUCUGGGAUAUCGUCCGUAGAGGUGCCAUAAAUCUAGUGUUGCCUUUUAUCAAUGGUAUCAUGCUUGGGUUUGGCGAGAUCCUAGCCCAUGAAAUCGGGUUUCACUAUGGGUUUUUCGGUGCACGGGUACAGCCUGCCAGACGGGCCGAGGAGCGC